AUGUUGCCCAUUUUCUUCUCUGCAUUUAUCCUGUCUGCUUGCUGCUUAACCAAAGGAAACUGCAUCUCCUAUGAUGAGCUGAAAGAGCUGAAGACUGAAUUUGCCAUCAAUCUCUACCGGCGUGUAUCCGAAGCAGAGAACAGAACCAACCUUGUAGUCUCUCCGGCAAGCGUGACUGUUUCUUUGGAGCUGCUGCAGUUUGGAGCUCAAGGAAAUACAUUCAUGGAGCUUCAGGAUGCCCUAGGAUACAACAUUCAUGAUCAAAGUGUGCAGGAUUUCUUGCAAGCAGCGUAUGAAGGAGCGACCAACUCCCACCAAGGCACAGCGGCCCGGGUGAUUAGGACAGUGUGUGGCACUUCCCCACCUCUUUUCCAUGCAGAUGGGGAUGUGCGUGGCAUGCCGCUGGAGAGCGCUGGGUCACCGUUCAGCCAGGUUGCCCUGGUGAGCACCAUGUACUUCAAAAGCGUGUGGCAGAAGAAGUUUUCUUUUAUGGAUACCCAGAUGUUGCCUUUUACCACGAUGGAGGGCUCAACCCUGAAAGUGCCCACAAUGCAUCACACAGCUGAAGUUAACUACGGCCAGUUCCAGACUGCAGCUCUGGAGGGUUUCAGCGUCGUCGAGUUACCCUACCUGGGGGAGAAACUCAGCAUGUUCCUAGUCCUUCCCAGCCACAGAACAACAUCUUUGUCCCAAAUUGAGUCUCACCUUUCUGCCAAAACCAUAACCCUCUGGGCCAACAGCUUAAAGAGAACGAAGAUGGACAUUUUUCUACCUAGGUUCAGUAUUCAAAGCCUUUUUGACCUAAAGACAGUUUUUUCUGCCUUGGGAAUUAGAGACGCAUUUGAUCCCAUCACUGCUAAUUUUAAAGGCAUUUCAGAGCAAGAUAGUCUUUAUAUUUCAGAGGCUAUUCACAAAGCAGAGAUUGAAAUAACAGAAGAUGGUACAAAGGCAUCAGGAGCUACAGCAAUGGUAUUACUAAAAAGAUCUCGAACUCCUAUUUUCAAAGCAGACAGACCUUUCACAUUUUUCCUGAGACAAGCUAACACAGGUUCAGUACUCUUUAUAGGAAGAGUUACAAAUCCUUCACAAUAA